AUGGCUCUCCGAGUAACAACCCCUUUCCCUACUCAAACUUCCUCCUUCUCCCUCCCUCCAAUGGCCAGCCUCAGAUCUCCCAAAUUCGUCAUGGCGUCCACCCUCCGCUCCGGUUCCAAAGAGGUUGAAAAUAUUAAGAAGGCUUUCACGCCUCCAAGAGAAGUGCAUGUUCAAGUAACCCACUCUAUGCCUCCCCAGAAGAUUGAAAUUUUCAAAUCUCUAGAGGGUUGGGCUGAGACGACCUUAUUGACUCACCUUAAACCGGUAGAAAAGUGUUGGCAACCACAGGAUUUUCUGCCGGAUCCAUCCUCAGAUGGAUUUGAAGAGCAAGUGAAGGAGCUGAGAGAGAGAGCUAAAGAGCUUCCAGAUGAUUACUUUGUUGUUCUGGUUGGAGAUAUGGUCACAGAGGAAGCCCUUCCUACAUACCAAACAAUGCUUAAUACUUUGGACGGAGUUCGUGAUGAAACUGGUGCCAGCCCUACUCCUUGGGCUGUUUGGACAAGGGCGUGGACAGCUGAAGAAAAUAGACACGGUGAUCUUCUUAACAAGUAUCUUUACUUGUCUGGCCGUGUUGAUAUGAGACAAAUCGAGAAGACAAUUCAGUACUUGAUUGGCUCUGGAAUGGAUCCUCGGACUGAGAAUAGCCCCUACCUUGGUUUCAUUUACACUUCAUUUCAAGAGAGGGCAACCUUUAUAUCGCACGGAAACACAGCCAGACUUGCUAAAGAACGUGGUGAUUUGAAGUUGGCUCAGAUCUGUGGUCUGAUUGCCUCAGAUGAAAAACGACACGAAACUGCUUACACAAAGAUAGUGGAAAAGCUGUUUGAGAUUGAUCCUGACGGAACAGUUAUGGCCUUUGCUGACAUGAUGAGGAAGAAAAUUGCUAUGCCAGCACAUCUGAUGUAUGACGGCCGAGAUGACAACUUGUUUGAUAACUACUCUGCUGUUGCCCAGCGCAUUGGGGUCUACACUGCCAAGGACUAUGCUGAUAUACUUGAGUUUCUGGUUGGGAGGUGGAAGGUGGCGGACAUAACCGGACUUUCAGGGGAGGGACGAAAGGCACAGGAGUAUGUUUGUGGGUUGCCACCAAGAAUCAGAAGGUUGGAGGAGAGAGCUCUAGCAAGAGCAAAGGAAUCAUCAAAACAUCAAUUCAGUUGGAUUCAUGACAGGGAAGUACUACUCUAA